AUGGACUCGGAGAACCGGGUGGUGCUGAACGUUGGCGGUAUCCGGCACGAGACGUACAAGGCGACGCUGAAGAAGAUUCCGGCCACCCGGCUCUCGCGGCUAACGGAGGCCCUGGCCAACUACGAUCCGAUCCUGAACGAGUACUUCUUCGACCGCCACCCGGGGGUGUUCGCCCAGGUGCUCAACUACUACCGCACCGGCAAGCUGCACUAUCCGACCGACGUCUGUGGUCCGCUGUUCGAGGAGGAGCUCGAGUUCUGGGGUCUCGACUCCAACCAGGUGGAACCGUGCUGCUGGAUGACCUACACGCAG